ACAACUUCACUUAGUCUUCCUGAUGGUCCAUUGUAUCAAUACCUCUGUCGAUGGCAAAGUGGAGCAGUCAAGAAUGCAACUAGAGCUAGAUCAAAAUUCACAUGCAGGAUGGACAAUACAAAUAUUACAAACAACAUCCAGUUAACACUAGAGCUUGGACUCAAAGUGAAUAAUGCAGACAGUUUUGUUCUUCUGACUGAAGCUCCAUUUCUCCUUUAUUCAUGUUCCAACUUUGAGAAGUGUGGGGAAUGUACACUCACUGUGGGUGCGAAUUGUACCUGGUGUCCAGUGAAAGGGCUGUGCCGACAAACGAGUGCAACUUGUUCGCAUGCUGUCACGUCAAGCAAUCGCACGUGCCCUCAACUUGCAAACCAUUAUGACCAGUUAUACCUACCGAGUGGAAUCAAUCGUUCACUGACGAUCAACGUUACCAACGAUGUAUUAACACAAUAUAAUAAUGUAACAUUUAGACUGGUUACUGAUGCCGUGGGACUCAAUUCGUCUUGUACUGCAACCUCCUCUCGACUGACAUGCCUUGUGAAUGUAUCAGUAAAUCACAGUAAAGCAAAGAAUAUGAUUUCCAUGCAGUAUUCUAGUAGCGACAAUGGUUGGGUGUACCUCGACGACAAUCACAACAAUAAAGUCACAAUCUACAACUGUACCAAGUUGGCCGAGGAAGGUUGUAACUACUGUAAGGCACUUAACAGCUCCAUAUACAAAUGUGCUUGGGACAGUUCAGCACAUAUCUGCAAGUACAAUGACAACCGUGGGGCAAGAGAGAAUGCUAUAUGCCCGCCUCCAUUAAUUAAUGAGAUUUCUCCUGAAGAUGGUCCAUAUUUUGGUUCCAUAAUAACGACAAUAAUGGGCAGAGAGUUUGGGGUUAUUGAAUUUAAAGAUAUUGAUCAUACUUCAAUAGUUGUGUCUGGAAAAUCAUGCUCAUCCAUGCAAGAUAUAAGCUUCGUGCCACCUGAUGAACAUGAUUUUGAACUGCGUGUACGAACUGGGAUAACGUGCAAGGCUUUCGGACCACCGUCUGUCAAUAGAACUUCACUUAUAAUCAGCUACCAGCGUUCAAUACUUGCUGCAGAUUUUAAGCCCCUGAUAUUAAAGAACUCUACAAUAACGCGUGUCUACCCAGAAUUUGGACCUAAAGCAGGUGGGACCAAGAUAACCGUGUAUGGGGGAAAUCUUGGAAUAGGGAACAGGAUGCUGGAUAAGUUUUAUUUGGUGGAUCAAGGAAAAAGCGUUGAGUUGCAGUCUUCGUCAAUCUAUGAAACGGGAGACGAUUACGUUAUAAUUGGAACUAUACCUAUUCGAGCAGACGGCAGUACAAUCGGCAAUGCAAGUUUUUAUGUAGAAUUGAACGAUGAAUACCUGCAUAAUGAUACAGUUUCUUUCACAUUCUUGGAUAACCCUGUUGUCACGGACAUUUACCCAACGCACGGAUAUCUGAGCGGAGGCACCGUGCUGACAAUUACCGGUGAAAAUCUCAACCAUGCGAAGCUUCCAAUUAUAUUUAUCCGCGGCUACGAGCAGGACUCGGAACAAUGCAUUAUCGACGAUUCCUCGACGAAAGCCUUUUGCAAAGUUCCCGAGGCACCUAAAGAUCUUAAACAAAAGUUAAAGACCCGGCGUCGACGGCGCGCUACUGCAUGUGUUGGCUGCCAGGAAGUGGAGAUAGUUGUGAAACUGGAUGGUGUUGAGAGAAGUUUUACAUUGAAGUACUACCACGAUCCGUCAUUGUCGAAAUUCAACAACGGAAUGAAGCUGUUUAAUGAGGACCAGCAUUUUUUGACGGUAGAGGGAGACAACCUGACACUUCUGGCAACUUCAGAUGUACAAAUCACUAUCGGAAUAGAAGAAUGCCGCGUUGUGGAAGUAUCCAAUACAUUUACGAGAUGCGCAGCACCAAGAAAACAACCCAAACCAGGAGUAUCCGGUGCAGAGAUACCUGAAGUUAACGUCACCAUUGGAAACAUCAGGGCAACAUUGGGCUAUCUGAAGUAUGAGGUCGCUGUCAAACAAGUCGCACUUAUUGUAGGUGCAUCCGUGGGAGCUGCUGUACUAGUAAUUAUUAUAGUGAUCGUCGCUGUUUGCGUCGCAACUCGAAAAAGGAGAGCUAACACUAAAGCAAAAAGUAUUCUUGUCAACAAGAUGAAGAAGGAACUAAAGGAUGUGGAAUUAGAAGACAAAAUACGGGCACAGCCAGAGGAAGACCAACCAAGAAUGAAAAUCGAUCAUGAGAACGAUUCUUUAAAGUAGAUCCUCAAA